UCUACACAUAUGCAUUGUUUGGAAAAUUAAAAAACAAAAACCAAAAACAUUAUUUUAAUGUUACUUAUACGCUACUAAAUACACCUAUGUUUCAAAUGCAAGUUUUAAAAAUAAAUCUGGUUUAACAAUUCUGAUGAUUGGGGCUCACCAGAUUGUUUUACGCUUAGUUAAGAGUUUAAAGUUGCGGGUUUCUGUUGUGAGUUGUGAUUUGGAUGCUGUGUUACUCGAAGUAUGCUACAGGAAAUCACGAGAUUCCAAACCGCCGAGGAUAGGACAUUUUAUUUGCUCCGUGCUUCAUUGGUGUUUCAUAUAUGAUACCGUCAAAAAUAGCUAAAACGGGCGUGUUUGUGUGUUCAUUUUUUCAUGCAUGUUUAACGUGUUAUUUUAAUUGACCAUUUCUUACUUUGUCCAGAAAUUCAAUGUUUACAGAAAAAAAAGGUCUGGACUGAGGACCGUCUUUUAACCUGCGUCCCGCAAUUUCCGUUUAAAUAGACACGGGGUUUGUAUAACUCGAGCAGUACUGGCUAUCAAAUUGAUAGAACAUGCAUUGUGUGUGAGUGUGCGCUUGAAAUGGAAGCUAGCAUGAGUAAAACAUCGAUACAUACAGUAUUUAAAAGGGUUGUUUCACGUGUCCAUGGUGGAUGUAUUCAUACAUUCCCUGUGAAAUGCGUAAUAUUUGCAAUGCAUUCCUUAGUUAGAGAUUAGGCUAUAUUGAGGAGAAACCAUUUUCAUGCAGUAAACAUGUGUUUUGGGAGUAGUAUAUUGUACUGUGCAAUUUAGAAUGUGAGUAAGAUUGUUUAUUAUGUAAUUAUUAAACGCAUGUGAUUUUCUAACUAUUUAUGAAACUGUUAAUCUAUAUGAAAAGGAGAACCUGCUUGCAACAUUCGUAUGUACAACACAAUGUGCUUUGCAAUGUUUUGGAAAAAAGCAACACUAUUUCCGUUAUAUUAUAUAACAAGUUUGGUUGUGGAAUUAAUACAUACAUACAAUAAUUUAAAUACAAUAAAUGAUUGUCAUUCUUUAAUUAUCCCCCUGUACAGCAGCAGUAGAUGGCUUUAAAGGACAUCUUCAAGAUCUAUAUUUUUGCUUAAGGAAUUUUGGAAAGGAAUGACUGGAGCUGAUAAUUUAACAUCGUCAUUAACUGUUAAAAAAAAAAAAAAAAACCGCAAGGACUCCUGUACCUUUAAACUAAGGAUAUGAAAGGGUUAAGAAAGAAAAGCUUUCAAAAUGGCUAUGUACAUCCGUAGAUAUAAAUAUACGCUAUACAAUUUCUUUCUGCAGAACAAGUCUCGACAAACAAACAGGUGUAUGCAUUCAUGCGGGGUGAUUAGUGAUUCUUAAUUUACAUACUGAAAAAACGAACCGGUUUAGAACAGCAAUGUGUCACAGGAGAGGAAGUAACAAAUAAACACCAAAUCAUGAUGCUCUGAAAUCCCCUUCCCAGAACAGUCAGUAAUGUAAAGCGAGGAUAACAGGCAUACUGCACAGGGGUCUGGAAAGCAUUGUUCUUGGUAAGUUAUUUUGUUUGAAAACUUAAUAGAGAUUGAGACAGCGCAUUGUUCUUUCAGAACAAAAAAGAGGGGCUUAUUUUCUGUAACCCAACCAAGAUGGGAUUAUUUUACAAUAGUUGUCAAUAAAUGACAAGCUGUAGUCAGCUAAAAUAAUACACAAAAUAGAAAGACUGUAAUGCAUUGUGACAGACUGCCAGUUUCACUGGUCUCUCUCAACUAUUUCGAUUCACAGUUAUUGCCAAACUAAUAUUCAAUACAUAUUUCUUGCCAUUUAUCCAAAAUACGAAUGGGGCUGUAACACGUUUAGUACAGUGUUGAUCGGUACAGUAGUGACACCCAUUCAGCGUGUCUUUAUUAAAGUUUGCUGUGGCCUCGUUUGGAUUGUUCUCAACAGAUCGGUUUCAGUGCUUGAGGACUGUCCUCUUCAGCGCUACCUAGCAUGGCAGACAGCGCAGGGUUAUAGCAUCGAAAUCAAUGUGUAUUAUCGGAGGAAACCCCAUUGAGAACUUGGACAUGGAAUGGUAUGGUCCUAUCGUGCUUGUAUCUCUGGGACUGUUUGUUUCACAGUGCAGGUGUAGUAUACCCUGUGGGAGUCUGGUGGGUGCCUUUGACCUCCUAUUUACAAUGUCUGUCUUGUAAAAUAUGCAGUUCUAUGUUGAUUAGAUUUGGGAUCAGAUUAGCAAAGGCUGACUGGUAGCCUUUUUGUUGAAUGCUGCAGUUGGAAUUGUUUUUAAGCACGGGAUUGGGUGCAGGACGAGUGAACUGUGGUUUCCAGCCAUGCAAACCAACAAGGUGCUGGACUUGAAUUGAAUGGUUUGAUAACUCCUUUUGCAUGUUUAAAAAAAAAAAAAAAAAAAAAAAACUCAGCCAGCUGCAGCAGCCACUUGUCCUGGUGCACAAAUAUUAGCGGUAGUAACAGUCGCUUCAGGCAGGGUUUGAGAAAGGAACCGUUUCUUGGCAACAGCUUGGAUCAAUAUUUUCCAUGCCGAGUGGUUCUUUGUGUUUUUUGGCUUAUCUGAUCCCUCUUUGGUAAAACGGGAAUGAGAACCGCAUUGAUUGGAUAGUCUAUUCAUCUGAGACCGGCUCGUGUGCACACGCGUCAGCAGCUUGUUAUUUCAUUUUAAAGAGGGCAGUGGGGUAGAAGAUGGCCAGGUAUCUGAAGCACUUCACGGCAGUGGGUGAUGAUCACCACAACUUCAACAAGUGGCACGAGGAGGAGUUCCACGAGGAGGCAGAGGAGCCGUCGCUGCACAACAUGGAGCACAGCCUCACCUUCCGCGACUCCCUGAGAAAACUCUUCAGCUCGCACAAGUUCCAGGUGUCUGUGGUGUGUCUGGUGAUUCUGGAUGCUGUCUUUGUGCUGUGUGAGCUGCUCCUGGACCUAGCCAUCAUUAAGCAAGAUGAGCACAAGAUACCAUCACAGGUGUUCCACUACCUGAGUUUAGCUCUGCUCACCUUCUUCAUGGUGGAGCUGUUUGGGAAGCUGUUUGCAUACCGGCUGGAGUUCUUCCACCACAAGUUUGAAGUGUUUGACGGCGUCGUGGUGAUCGUGUCCUUCAUCCUGGACAUCGUGUACAUCUCCCACGAGGACGCCUUCGAUGGAGUGGGCCUGCUCAUCCUGCUGAGGCUGUGGAGGGUGGCCAGGAUCGUCAACGGAAUUAUUGUAUCCGUGAAGUCUCAAGCACACCAUAAGGUAGAAACACUAAAAGCGGCAAAUGAACAGCUUUCACAACAAGUCAGCGAACUCCAGCAUCAUAAAGCUCACACGGAGAGUGAAAACCAGAGAUUACGCACUCUAUUACAGCAGAAUGGGAUUCAUUUCUAGAUAAAUUUACAAGUGCAUCAGAGUUCUCAGAAAGAGUGAAGACAAUUCAAUCAGAAUCUAUCUUUUUGUACCUUGGGGAAUAACUUACACUCUGGGGAUCUCUUAAACUCUUUGCAAGGUCAAGUAUUCCUCUAUGAUUUUUUACAAAUGUAUUGAGGUCACUUUUUUUGGACAGUUCUGCACCAAACUAUACACUGUAUAUAUACUGAGGUUUUGGGUUUUUUUGCAAUGCGGCUGACGCCAACACAUUCCUUUUUCAUUAAACUUGACAAUUUAAGAUACUAUUCUUGCCUUAAGUUUACUUACUGUUGCUGUCAGGAAUCAAUUUGUUUUUGUUCCUGGAAUGUAGUGCUGUGGUUUUGAAGAAAAAGGGAUUUUGGGAGUACACCCUGUGUAAAUGUACCUGGCAUUGUCUCGGGGUCAGCAUGUUACUGUGAUGUGUGAAGCUGUAUUGUGAGGGUCGACAGCAACUUGGUAUGUUUCUGAAAUAUCAGAGUUCUCUUAACUAAUGUGUUCUUGUUGUUUUAGAUUCACUUUGGAUCACAUUUUUAAAGAAUCUCUGUGGCCUCAAUAGAGCUCAGAAUCAUGUCUGACCUCGGAGUAUAUCUGGUACACAGUAUAACCAGUAAUCUGCCCCCUGGCAAUACUCUGCCCCCUAGUGAUGCCAGAACGCAUUAGUUAAGAUAACUCUGCUAUUUCACUUCUCUAAGUGCAAGUGUGUAAACCAGCACUGUAGAUAGUAUUAACAAUGCAAUAUAAUAGUUAGUGUUGCUGAGAAACAUCAUAUCUAAA